AUGGCAGCUGUCGAUAUGCAGAUCCGAUCGGGAGAACCGUGCGAGGGCUCCCCAAAAGAAAACAACAAAUGCAAUGGAAACAAAAAUGAAGAGGAAAUACAAUCAGGAGUUAAAACUUACUAUGAAAUGAAAAUAGAAGAAUAUGAAUCGAUUAUCAAUAAAAAAUUACAAAACAAAAAACGUCUGGAAGCACAGAGAAAUGAAUUAAACACAAGAGUAAGAGAAUUGUGUGAUGAAAUUCAGUACCUUCUGGAAGCAGCAUCCUAUGUGGGUGAAAUUGUUAAACCUAUGGGCAAAAAUAAAGUAUUAGUUAAAAUUAACCCAGAAGGAAAAUAUGUGGUUGAUAUUGCACAUAGUAUAAAUAUUUCACAAUGCACACCGAACACUCGAGUAGCAUUAUAUAAUGAUUCAUAUAAACUACAUAAAAUAUUACCUAGCAAGGUAGAUCCACUUGUUUCUUUAAUGAAAGUAGAAAAAGUACCAGACUCCACUUAUGAAAUGGUUGGUGGCUUGGAUCAACAAGUGAAAGAAGUAAAGGAAGUAAUCGAAUUACCAGUUAAACAUCCAGAAAUUUUUGAAUCAUUAGGUAUAUCACAACCAAAAGGAGUAUUAUUAUAUGGCCCUCCAGGAACAGGGAAAACUUUACUAGCAAGAGCUGUAGCACAUCAUACAGAUUGUACUUUUAUAAGAGUGUCUGGUUCUGAGCUUGUUCAGAAAUAUAUUGGUGAAGGUUCACGAAUGGUAAGAGAAUUAUUUGUAAUGGCUAGAGAACAUGCACCAUCGAUAAUAUUUAUGGAUGAAAUUGAUUCUAUUGGAAGCCAGAGAAUUGAAGGAGAACAUGGGGAUUCAGAAGUACAAAGAACUAUGAUGGAAUUAUUAAAUCAGUUAGAUGGAUUUGAAUCCACACAAAAUAUUAAAGUUAUCAUGUGCACUAACCGAAUUGAUAUACUUGAUGAAGCUUUAUUGAGACCUGGUAGGAUCGACAGAAAAAUUGAAUUCCCAAAUCCAAAUGUAGAAGCACGUAUUGAAAUACUAAAAAUACACAGUAGAAAAAUGAACUUAAUGAGAGGUAUAGACAUGGCCAAAAUUGCAACUGAUAUGAAUAACUGUUCAGGAGCAGAAGUUAAAGCUGUCUGCACAGAAGCAGGAAUGUUUGCCUUACGAGAAAGAAGAGUGCACGUGACGCAGGAGGAUUUUGAAAUGGCUGUAGCUAAAGUUAUGAAACAGGAUGCAGAAAAAAAUUUCACACUCCGAAAAUUGUGGAAAUAG